AUGCAAAAGAAAAUAGUCGUGUUGACGUUGAUCUACUAUUGGGUUGAAGCUACGCCCUUGAAUGCCGAUUCAGUUGAUUUUACGGCCAUAUCUAAUUUGAAAUACGACUCGAAAGAUCUAGUAGACUAUUUGAACUAUCUUGAAGAUGAACAAAGUAAUAAUAACGCUAAAAAGAAAUCAUCGAAGAAAGGAUCAAAAGUGAAUUACAAUAUUGAGGAUUUAAAAAAGUUUUUUAAAAGCCUUGGAUUCAAAGAUGAUGGUUCCUACGAUGAUAGCGAAACGUACAGCCUUACUGAAGAAAUACCACGCGAAUUUGAUUAA